UCGCAGUUAUUAUUUUUUACCAUACGCUAGUUUCUGUGUCAUGACUUUAGCUCUAAGUUGCGUUUUCAAACUCCAAAAUGCGGCGUUACAUUCGUGCACUAAUCUUGUGCACGGUGUUUGCCAUGUUUUCGGGCUUGUAUGUUUACAGUAAACUGUUUUACUCGGACGUGUCGGGCGGUGGAAACGGACCUAGAAGGGUUUUCAUCCCACCGAGAGUCCCCGGAGGCAGGCGAGGUGCCGCGGACAAAACUGGGCCCCAAAGCCCACACUGGUACAAUAGGUACAUCAUGCGUCAGCGGGGUCAGGGGGAGGCAGGUGGUGGCAGCGUUCAGAGCAGACCUGAACCUCCCAUGCACCUGGCUGUGGUGGCCUGUGGCGAGAGGCUGGAGGAGACUCUCACCAUGAUCAAGUCUGCUGUGCUUUUCAGCAUCAAGAGCCUCCACCUGCACAUCUUUGCUGAAGAUCAGCUACAUGCCAGCUUCAUUAAAGCUUUGGAGUCGUGGCCUGGUUUUAUUCACUCGAGAUUCAACUACACAGUCUACUCCAUCAGCUUCCCCAGUGAGAACGCAGCCGAGUGGAAGAAACUCUUCAAACCCUGCGCUUCUCAGAGGCUCUUCUUACCUCUGAUCCUGAAGGAUGUUGACUCAGUCGUGUAUGUCGACUCAGACAUCCUCUUUCUGCAGCCUGUAGACCACCUGUGGGUGUUCCUGUCCCAGUUUAAUUCCUCCCAGUUGGCUGCUAUGGCCCCGGAGCACGAGGAGCCCCGUAUUGCCUGGUACAACCGCUUCGCCCGCCACCCCUUCUAUGGCAGGACGGGCAUCAACUCAGGGGUCAUGUUAAUGAACAUGACAAGGAUGAGAAACAUGUUCUUUAAGAAUGACAUGACGUCUGUGGGGCUGCGUUGGGAGGAGCUGCUGAUGCCUCUACUUCAGAAAUACAAACUCAACAUAACCUGGGGAGACCAGGACCUUCUCAAUAUUAUUUUCCACCACAACCCUGAGUGCUUGCUGGAGUUUCCGUGCCAGUGGAAUUAUCGUCCCGAUCAUUGUAUCUAUGGCAGUAACUGUGCGUCAGCUGAAGAAGAUGGCAUCUACAUACUGCAUGGAAACAGAGGGGUUUACCACGACAACAAACAACCUGCCUUCAGGGCUGUUUACGAGGCCAUACGAAAGUACUCUUUUGGCACAGACCCAGUGACUUCUUUGUUGGAUCCACUAGAAGAGGAGCUGUUGAAGACGACACACACUUAUUGUGGUAAAUCCCACGCGCUCCUUACCAAGAGACUGGCACACAGCCUGGCAAACAUCAACAGAAAGGCCCCACGUGGACGGUGACAAAACUGAAUCACAAUGAUGGGACGGAGGCCAAAAGUAGAGACUCUGAGAGACUUUAUCUUGUCCGGCAGUACAGACUUGUACUUGAACAAGAAACUAAACCCCCAGCAGGGAUUUAACCACUACAGCUCUCUGAACAUGUUUUUACCUGGCAAACUGUUCAAUAACAAUUAACACGAGUUGUCCAAAAAUGCAUAGACUACUUUGUGGAAACCAAUGAGUGGAGCUUUUACAUCAUUUUGGUGAAUAUCUGCUCCAUAAAGGUGCGGACACACCAAGCAGACGGCAAAGAACUAGUGGCGAGGUAAAGCCCAACUGUGGCAGCGCCUCACGUCUCCUGUGUCUUGGCCAAAAAGUUGCACUUGAACACACUGCAAAGACUACUUUGGAGUGUGUGACUUGGCAACGGACGCACAAAGAAUUGAGGAUCAAAAGACUUGUUACCUAGUAUGCAGCCGCUGCACAUUAUUUGCCAAGUGAGAAACAGUCAGCCUCUCAGAAUCCUGCUCGCAUCGCCAAUAUGUAGAAGCAGAAAAGUGCUCAAGGAGGAGGUUUCCAAGAUUUUUUGUUUAUUCCUGGAGAAUAAUAGUAGAAUAAUGGUCAAGCUCAGUUUUUAUAGUGUCUAACAAACAUCAUGCCAAGCGCUACAUCAUAUGUUAUUGGUCCCAGGCUGCUCUCAGAUAACCUGCCCUGCCACGUUUACAAUGAGUUAGUUUGACCUGCUGUGUUGUUUUCCAGUUGUUGACAAGAGCCUGUGACUGUCCCAGGUCAGCUGAGAACAUCUGCGACAGACAACUUCUUUUACACACAUACAAAAUCAAUUCAUGCACUAUGCGGAAGAGGAGAGACCGGGCGGCACACUGCGGUCCACCAGCUAGUUAGCUAACGUUAGCUUGCUUAUUCCACCCAACAGUUGUCACUCAUCUGGCGAUAGCAAUGUCCUUUCCUACGCGACAAGAAUGUGUGAAUGAAACAUUAAUUUGUUACAUUUUACUAAUGUAGUGGCCGGCCAGGGCUGGCUGGUUAGCUUGCUUGCUAGGGGGCUCAGUUCUCAGUCUAGCACCAACCACAGUGCAGGGGGAGAGAGGUCUGCUGUCUUUAUAUUAAGUUUUAUGUUAUAGGACAUUAUUUUAUUAUUUUAUGUGUAGGUAUGUAGAUCUUUUAAAAGACAUGUUUAUGUUGAAAUAAAUAUAGCUAUACAAGUAGGUAUGUAUCUCGUUGUACGUCGACGACGACCUCCUUGGUGUGUCAGGGCCUUAUAACAGUUAGGAUUGUCUCAAACUGAGACUAAUACUUGCUCACCUCUUGUAAGUUGCUCUAGAUAAGAGCGUGAUGUAAAUGCCUGAAAUCUACUGUAAAUGUUGCAAAGGCCAAUUGGCCUUGUAGCAAAGUACCGAACUUAGAAGAGAAAAAUAUUUACUACAGAUGGACACAUGGAUUUUUUCUCCAGGUGUUUCUAUUACAGACUUUCCGAACAUUUUAUAUUUGACUGACAAAUAUUUUUAUUUUAAAAAUACCAGCAAGCUUUUAGUCUCUUCCAUGUAACAUUUGUUCUCCUUUCAGUGCCCUUGGUUACUGACUAAAGGUGGUUCUUGACUUUCCAUAUUGGAGAAUUUAAAUGAACCUUGUUAAUCACUCUUAUUAAAAGAGACAAACGAUAAUAAUAUCAGACUUGGAAAAAGGCUUUUAACAGGGCCUAUUUUGAGAUGUAUGCACUGGACCACUUUUCCAAACUUUAGAAACCACUUCAGUACCAACAAGAUGGAAGAAAAGUCAUUUCAGAGAACAUGCAUGAAAUAUAGUAAUUAUAAUAAUAAUUUCUGAGUUUGUAAAGUGAGUAUGUACGUAAUCACUGUAUGGAACAGUUCUUCAUAUGUGUGGAAUAAUUCUUCCAAUGUGAUUUUCUACUGUGGCAGGGGUGGAGCACAAGGAUCUCUAUCAGAGUACUGUUUUCCUGAUUAAAGUUUGUCCUAUUCUGUGUAAUUUUAUUGGUAACACAGGUAACCUUGACCCGAAAUAGAACAAGCAAAAUGUGGCGAUUCACAUUGUCAUAGGUCAUUUUUAUGUGUGAUGUCAGUCUACACUUUUGUUUUUGUUUCUAAUAAAGUUCAUACAUUUCCUUAUGUUGCUUUGAACAGGAAUGUUUCUGGCACAUUGCUAAAUAAUUAGAUGCUAUGUAUUUUUUUUUAAAGGAUAUGUUUUGCAGAUAUGCUAAAAAUCCUAUUAGGUUAGUUUAUGAUACACUGUACAGCCAGCAUACAUAAUGCAGAGAAAUUGCUAUUGAACAUGUGAAUAAGCUACAAGUUCCUCUCCUUAUGCCAAAGCAUUCUUUUUAUUACUAUAAUUAUGGAUUUUGUGCCAUUGAAUGUAUUUUUUUAACACUACGGGGUGAAAUCAAAAUGUUAUCAGUGCUUGUGUUGGUGUGAGGAUAUCAUUUGUGACAUGUUUACUUUUUUAUAUCAUGUUUUGUGUUGUUUUUUUACAUUAAAGAUCAUGUCAGUGUUGUGGAAUUCGUA